AUGAAUGAGGCUUCGCUUCGACACGAUUGUGCACACAUGCGCGGCGAGGCUCUCUUGAGGUACCGGACUAAUUAACCUUUGACAAUUUAGUCCUGUUUUCAUUGUCCGGAUUGCUUGUUUGAAUGUACCUGUACAACCCGCCUUGUUAGCGUGCUCCGCUGUCGAUCUCCAUUGUCAGGUUACUUAGUGUUCAAAAUCGCUCUAUUAUUCCCUGCUCAGUCUUACUUGCUACAUUUAAGGCCAAAGGCUCGAGAGAUAUAUGUCGUUAGUUCGUGAGAACAUUACCAUCUAUGUCAUUGGUGACUCCCGACGUUAACGCAGAUAUUUGGCCUUUCAAUGUCAUGCUGAAUAACAUUUAACGAACUAAUUGUUUCCAUUUACGUUUACUUCUCUCAUGAAGUCUGAUAUUUUACUCAUCUCAAGCAGCAACUUGAUGCCCCCGUUGAUUUCCUUCAUGCCAUCAAUUUUACCUUGCCUGAAUUCUGGCAACACGCUCCAGAACUUUACUUCAUCCGCAAAGAAUCAGCCUUUUAUUCCGCUUACGUUCCCAAGGAGCUGGCGAAAUACCACUAACUUGUGGGGGCCCUCCCCGCUAGUGUCAUCUCUCCAGUUCAGUCCUUGUUAUCAAAUCCUCCUGCAGAUGCUCCCUACUCCACGAUAAAGGCAGACAUUCUUCGACUUAAUUCUGUGUCCGACCGACACUGGUAUCACCAGUUACUUAAAGAGGAGUCGCUGGGGGACCAGAAGCCCUCAGAACUUCUACGUCGAAUGCGUUCUCUCCCUGGAGGCAUGCAAGUGGACGAUAAAUUCAUCAAGGAGAUGUUUCUAGAGCGUCUGCCCGCAGAUGUUCAAACGCUCCUGGCGUCCGGCUCUCAAGAUCGUACAGUCUCACAGCUGGCUGAGAUGGCGGAUCGAAUGAUAGAGGUGCAGCGGUUCCAGUCACCUUCCGUUGCCAAGAUCCCGUCAUCGUCAGUGAAGGAUAAUUUAAUGAAACAGGUGUCGGCGAUGGCGGAUGAGAUGGCCUCCCUUAAAAUACAGCUCGCCCGCCUUACUUCCAGUCGCUUAAACAGCUGUUGUCUUUCUCGUUCGCGACCUCCGACUGCCGAUACUUGUUGGUGUCACUUUAAUUUCGGCGUAAAGACCCGUCGCUGGUCCUCACUCUGCUCUUUUAAGCCGAAACAAGAAAACCAGUCAGCCAGAGAAUAGAUGCGACCGUUUUCUCUGGCUCUUCCGGCUCUGGUCACGCCUUUUAUGUUUGCGACACUGCAACGCACAGACGUUUCCUGAUGGACACUGGAGCCCGAAUCAGCGUUGUUCCCCCAACUGCAGCUGAUCGUCGUUUCCCUAGCCCUGGUCUUCACUUCCAAGCUGCCAACUGUUCCCCCAUUCCCACUUUUGGCAGUUUGGCCCUCACCCUGAACAUUGGCCUUCGUCGGUCAUUCACUUGGAUCUUUGCGAUUGCUGAUGCCCCUCAGGCAAUCCUCGACUCGGACUUUCUUGCCAAGUUCGAUCCCCUUGUUGACCGCGGACGUACCCGUCACCUCGACUGCACAGUCGGUCUGUUUGUUCGUGGACUAACUUCUUUUACUGCCCCCACCAACUUAUCUGUCUUAAAUACGGAUACUGAGAGCACCUUUCGGUAACUACCUCUUAGUCAUUCCAAAAUACUUAAUCCCCAGUUUCGCUGUGGUGAGGUCCAACAUGAUGUUGUGUACCGUAUUUGUACCUCAGGUUCUCCUGUGUUUGCUCGGCAGAGACAACUAUCACCGGGGCGUUUUCAGGCCGCGAAGGCGGAGUUUGAACGCAAGCCGCAACUGGGAAUCGUUUGAUCGUCCGAAAGCCCUUGGGCGUCCCCAAGGUGACGUCAGGCGACUGGCGACUCUGUGGCGACUACCGAGAUCUCAACAGCGUUACCAUUGCUUAUCGGUACUCCGUGCCUAUUCUUCAGGACGAUGCUAGAGCCCAUUUUGGGAAUGCGGUUUUCUCGAAGGUCGAUCUGGUGCGCGCUUUUCAUCAGAUUCCAGUCGUCCCCUGAAACUGCCGUCUUCACACCCUUCGGUCUUUUCGAGUUCAUCCGCAUGUCGUUCGGUCUCCGCAAUGUCGCCAAAACGCUCUAGAGGUUCAUCAACCAUGUCUUACGUGGCCUGUCCUUUGUGUACGCCUACAUUGAUGACCUCUUGGUGGCCAGCCAGAAUGAGAAACAACACAAAGAGCAUAUUGCCUUAGUGUUUGACCGACUUGAUAAGUUUAGUGUUGUUACCAACGCCUCCAAGUGCGUGUUGGGUGUGCCUUCAUUCGAGUUCCUCGGCAAUCAGAUCGCUCUGAAGGUUUGCCUCUCCACUCUAAGGUUGAAGCAGUUCGUAAUUUCCAUCUACCAACUUCCAAGCGACAGUUGCAGCGAUUGCUCGGCAUGGUCAAAUUUUUACGCCAGCACCUACAGAACCGUGCUGACCUCAUGCUGCCGCUCACCAACAUUCUUUCUGGUCCCAAAGGCCCUUCGAGCAGACUAGUGUCGUAAUAACUGCUUUUGGAAGUAUUAAGAAGUCCCUAGUUGACGUCACUUUACUUACGCAUCCCGUUCCAGAAGAUCAGCUGUCUUUGAUGGUAGAUGCUUCGACCGUAGCCGUAGGUGCAGUCCUUCAACAACACCUUGCUGGUUCGACUCGACAACUUGCCUUUUUCUCCAAAUCAGCUCUUACCAGCUGAGACACGCUACAGUACGCUUGACGAUGAACUACUCAGGAUGUCACUGUUUUCGCUGACCACAAACCGUUGACUUUUGCACUUCGUUCCCACUACGACAAGUACAAUCCGAGGGAAAUCACCCACCUGGACUACAUCUCCCAAUUCACCACCGACAUCCGCCACAUUGAUGGCACGAACAAUGAGGUGGCUGAUAUGCUGUCUAGACCCUCAUUGUCUUCCCUCCAACUGUCACAUGGGACCGAUCUUUGCGUCACGGCGGCUGAGCAACAGCGAGUCGGUUGUCCUGGUGACGAGUCUGUCAGUGGUCUUCAACUCAAAGACGUCCCUCUGACCACCGGCUCUGGUACUAUAGUUUGUGACGUCUCAACUCCCUUUCAUCGUCCUUUUGUGUCGGCCUUGAUGCGUCGAGCUGUAUUUCAAACUUUGCAUGGACUCUCCCACCCUGGGAUCGGAGCCUCUCAAAAGCUCCUCGCGAAGAGGUUCGUCUGGCCUGGCAUGAACAAGGACGUCAAAGUUUGGACCCGGUCGCGUCUGAGUUGCCAGCACAACAACGUGCAACGUCACAACAAGUCCCCACCAGGCACUUUCCCCAGUCCCGAUGCAAAGUUCAGACAUGUGUACCAGGAUGUCAUAGGCCCUUGCAUCCAUCCAAUGGCUUCACUCACCUCCUUACCUGUGUCGAUCGAUAUACCCGCUCGGCUGAAGCUAUUCCUUUGCCGAAUGUACUGGCUGAAACCAUCGUGAAGGCCUUCGUCAGUCGUUGGGUUGCCAUGUUCGGUGCCCCAUCCACGGUCACGAGUGAUCGUGGUGCCCAGUUUGAGUCCGCACUCUUUCAAACUCUACUCAAUUUCCUUGGCUGCACACGCAUUCGGACGACAGCCUACCACCCAGCUGCCAAGCGUAUGGUUGAACAUUUCCAUCGCCAGCUAAAGACCGCCUUGCGUGCCGUAGAAAACCCAGGAAACUCUUCGGACAACCUUCCUCUUUCACUCCUCGGCAUCCGCGCAGCUCUGAAGUCGGAUCUGGGCUGUAGCGUAGCUGAAUUAGUUUUCGGCACUACCCUCCGACUGCCAGGCUGGAUGCUCACCCCAAACUCUCGUGGGGCCGACGAGACUCUCGACAGCCUUGUGCACCGCUUGCGGCAAUUUAUGCGUUCGCUUUCCCCGAUUCCACCUCGGACUCCAAGGACUGAUUCUUAUGUUGACAAAGACUUGAACAACUGCACUUGUGUGUUCGUCUGGUGUGACCGUGUGCGCCAGCCGCUGGAAUCACCAUACAAAUGA